AUGAGUCCUUCUCAUCAUUCUCAUCAUGCUCACUCUCGCCAACCAUCGAUGGCCACUCAGCAGCAACCGACGCAUCACUCCAACAACAACAACAACAACAGGCGAACACAACAAAAUAUGGCGCAAGACGACCGUGAUCUCUCAGGAGAACCAUCAAAUCAUUAUCCGAAUAAUAAUAAUAAUAAUAUUGUUCAUCACAUUCCACCACCAAGACAACCGUUGGGAGGAUAUUAUUACGGUUAUCAAAGUAGUCCUCGAGGAGGAGGAGGAGGAAGAGGAGGAACAUUGGACACGACGACGAGUACUAGUCUUGGUGAUCAUCAUUAUCCACCACCUCCGAGCCAUCAUCAAUAUCAACAACAACAUGUUCAUCCUUCUUUCCAUCCUUCAUCCUAUUCCGAGCAUUACAAACCCUAUAGUAAUAGUAGUCAUACCUCCACGAGUGGUGAAAGAGGCUUUAGAAAGUAUGAUUCAUCCUCCGAACAUCAAAAAAAAAGAAAUUUUGAUCAUUACACUAGAAAUACUUCUUAUGGAGGUAAAAACAAGUACAGAAAGAAUGAUAAAAGCGGACCUCCUCCUCUUGAUUCUAAUACUAUCCAUUUAAAGGCUAACGAUGAUAAGGUUCCACUCCGAAAUGGAAUUCCAAUUUGGAAUUUUUCAAUCGACCAUUCUCAAUAUGAUAUUAAAUCCAAUGGAGAGGAACAACGAAAAAGAUUCUUUCAGAUCAAUGCCAAAGAAGGAACUCUAGACAAUCCUGCUUUUGCAUCUUUUAUUGAAUAUCAUAGAUACAAGAAAAUUGUACAAUUGAGAUUGGCCUAUGAAAAAGAUGUGAAAGAAUUACUCUUUGAUUUAGAAGCUCCAAAAGAAUCUUUGAAUCGAUGGUUAUUUGAACAGUUAUCAUCGGUGGAUUCAUCUCUAUUAGAAUCAUCAUGUUCUGAACAAACUCUUCUCAUUGAAAAACAAUCUACUUCUGAUUUUUUAUUGAAAAGACCUGAAUUUGCAUUAGAAAGUGAGGUAUUGAGAGCUGAAAUUUAUUCUGAAAUUCCAAGUCGUUUGAGAUGUCGAACUGUCAAUCAAGCACUCACCUCCUUAGAUUAUUAUUACAAAAAUGGAUGGGAAUGGUUAAGGAAAGUUAGAACCUUAAAUCAACCUCAACAAUGUGAAAAAAUUGAACAACAAUUGAAACAAUUAAGAGAUUGGAUGAAUCACAACAACAACAAUAAUCAAAGAUAUUCUAAUAAUUAUUUAUCUAUUUUAGAAGAAAAACAAAAAGAAUUAACAAAAAAUUGUACCAUUUUAUUUAAACAAAUUUUGAAGGAUCGAGUGGAUGAAGUGUGUCAGAGACUUGUUGAUAAUUCUAAGAAAAUUGCAGAAUCAUUGAGCACAGAGCGUUUGAAAGAAUCCUUUACUCAACAAUCGAUGGAUGUUCAAUUGGAAUUUAAUGAACAAGAAUUACUUUGUAAAGUAACAUUGUAUUCUAUGAGUAGAAGUGAUGAAGGUCAUGAUAGUCAUGGUGAUGAUGGUGGUCAUGGCAGUGAUAGCACUAAUAGUAACAGUAACACCACCAAUAGUAACAGUAACACCACCAAUGGAAACUCUCAACACUCACAACAUCCAUUGGAUACCUUCAAGUUGAAUUUAAUUCAUUACAACAAAUUGAGAUUACUCUACAAGAAAUGCAAUGAAGAGAGAGAUCCAGAAAUGAAAGAAUUUAAAUAUAGACUCUAUACUCUCAUUAGAAGAUAUCAAACAUUCUUUGGAGAUUCAUCAAGUGAAGAAGGAGCUAAUUUCCAUGCAGCUCUUCCUGAGAAAGGAUUUGAUUUUUUAUAUCGAGAAUUUCAAGUGUGUCAUGAAUGUUUUGCAUCACCCAUUAAUUGUUAUUUUAAUUCAUUUUGUAGUGCAUUUCCAGAUACGGAUGUGUAUUUUGGUUCAAGAGGAUCAUUCUUUGAAUUUAGACCUACACGAGGAUUCUUUGAAUGUGGACCACCCUAUACCUUAGAGGUGAUGAACAAGACUGCUAGGUAUUGUCUCGAGUUGUUGAAAGCUUCUAAUGAACCACUCGCAUUUGCUGUUUUUGUACCAGAAUGGACAGAUACUGAAUAUGGAAAUAUUUUACAUCCUGAUCAUACUCCAUUUUGUACGGGACAUUUAUUGGCUGAACAAGGAAAACAUGAAUAUGUGAUUGGAAUGCAACAUUUUAAAGAGAAUGAUCAACGGUAUUGGACUCUUCCAUUUCCAACACAUGUCUAUUUUCUCCAAAAUGAAGAAGGAAAGAAAAAGUGGCCAAUUACACCACAAUUAAUUGAGAGGUAUAAAAAGGUGAUGGAAAUGGAUCAUAAUGGUGCAGGAAGUAGUACUGGUGGUGAUAGUAGUAUCAGUAGCAAGAAGUAA